GUUUGUAAGACUUCGUUUUCUCUCAUUCGAUCUUUUUCUCUCUCUCUCUCUCUUUUGUUUUUCAUCAAUCGAUCGAAAAAAAACACAGCAAAGAGCUAAAGCAUCUUUUUGCAGAUCGGAACCCUAAUUUGUUUUCCUCUGUUCUCCUUUCGCUAUAGAAUCCGCGACUUCUUUUUUUUUUUUGUUUUUUUUCGUUUUCUUUCUAUAUUAUCUUUUCAGAUGGAUUCUGGAAUCCUUGUAAUUCCCUAAUAGCGCUAAAAACCCUAGCUAUCGACGACCUUAGAUUACUGCAGGAAACUAUCAUUUCUCUCCCGAUUUGAGCUUUUUUGGAUUUGGAACUUUUGAUUUGUUGGGUGUGAAUUAGGGGGGCUUCUUCACAAUCCGAUACGAGAGAUUAGCUUUCUCACUUUAGGAUGAGCUAGUUUUUUUUCUUUGGGUGGUUUUAGCUGUGAUUUCUCUUGAGUUCUGGGCGAAAUAUCUUAGAUUUGCCUUACUGUACAUAUAGCUAGAUCGUGACGACGACGACCUGAUGAAGUUGGUGAAGCGUGGGUUUCGUUUUUAAGUUUUGCUAGUUUUGAUCAUGCUGAAUAUUGUUGGUGGUUAUUAGAGAGAGAGAGAGAGCUGAGAUUAUUUUAGGAGCCGAGAGAUUUGCGUUUUGGGGGAUAUUUAUUAGAGACAACUACUACUGUAGCCUUACUUGAUUAAGGCGUUUGAGAACAGAUACUGGUGGUUAUUUCUUGACCUCCAUCAGCUAAGAUAUUGUGUAUCGGCCUGCAUUUUAUAAUGAGUACAGCAAAUGAACAACAAUUUCCCAUGGAUCAACUUGUCGAAACCAGUGAUGAAUCCAGAAAGAAACCAAGAAUAUCAUACACGAGAAAGUUUCUUUUAUCCUUGAGUGAGAAAGAUGUUUGCAAGAAGCUGCCUAAUCUGCCCGGUGAAUUUGAUGAAGCACUGUUGCUUGACUUCGAAGAUCCUUCACCCGAGCGAGUAAGAAUUUCUGGCGAUUUUUCGUCCCAUGGUUUCAGGCGGAAUGACUAUAGUUCAUCCCCUCCCACCAGGGGUGAAUUAGGUAGUAACUCUCGAGGCAUUCAUGGAAGAUGGGAAGGGCGCUCAGGUGGAUGGAAUGAUAAAGAUAGCGAUUCACAGUCAGACCGGGACUCAGGAGAGCUUGGGAGGCGUUCUGGUAUGCCAUCUCGGAGGCCUUGGCAAGCACCUGAGCAUGAUGGACUUCUGGGGAAAGGUUCUUUCCCUAAGCCUUCUGGAUUUGGUGCAGGAACAUCAGGCCCCAGACCUCAAUCUAAUGACUCACAUCAGCUGAGUAGAACCAAUGAACCUUACUAUCCUCCUCGCCCAUACAAGGCGCCACCUUUCAUCAGACGUGACACUAGAGACUCACUCAAUGAUGAGACAUUUGGUUCUUCUGAUUCUACGAGUGAAGAUAGAGCAGAAGAAGAAAAAAAAAGAAGAGCUUCUUUUGAGUUGUUGAGGAAGGAACAUCAGAAAGCAUUCCAGGAGAGGCAAAAAUCAAACCCGGACUUACGUAAAAACGACUUUGAUUUUACUGAACUUCUUGGGGAGUCCAAAGAUGAAAAAGGGCGUCCAACUCCAAGUAGAGGCGAUGAAGUCAAUAAUACUCCAACGAUUCCUGGUUCUAAUAACACCUCUUUUUCUUCUCAAAGUAGUGCACCCAGACCGCUUGUGCCUCCUGGUUUUGCAAGCACAAUUUUGGAAAGAAAACAAGGGGAAAAAACGCAAAUUGAAACUUCUCAACAUGAGCGUAGUCCUUUAAAUUCCAAAGGCAUUAAUGUGGUGAAUGGAACAUCUGUUAAUAAUGGGGAAAAACCGUCGGGAAUCAAGAUAGUUUCAAGUGAGAUGCUGAUAGAAGGUGAAGAUGGUCGUGUCUCCUCCACUGAUGCAAGUGAACGGGCUGUUAGUAUCUCCUCAUUUCUAGGAAUAUCUACAGAUACAGUUCAUAAGGAGAAAAGUUUUGAAAAGCUUUCCUUCAUCUCAACUCCUGCUGAAACUCAGGGGUAUCCUAAAAAAAGUGAGCAAGCUACAGUGACGUUGGACAAUAAGAAAAGCUUGGAGAUUUCAGAGGGGCCAUCAAUUCUGGAUAAGAUAUUCAACACCGCUAUAAAUUUGAAUACUGGUGACUCCUCUAAUAUUACUGAGAAAAAAGUCGAAAAGGUAGAAGAAACACGGAGUCCUCAGAUCGCUAAAUCCUCCAAGUUCGCACAUCUAUUUCUUGAAGAAGAUAACAAACCAGUCGAAGAUCUCCCAUCCAGUGGGCCACCAAGAGGCUUACUGUCACUACUUCAAGGUGCAGAUAAGUUGCAAACCUUUGAUACAAAAGCAAAGGGAGAAUUAUCAACGGAUUUUCCUUUUCAAGGCCAUUCCACUAAAAGCACGGAUCAGUUAAGUAAACCAGUAACAGCUGUUCCACCUGUUCUCACUUGUGAAGACCUUGAGCAGUCUAUUCUGUCAGAAGUCAGUGACAGCUAUCAUCCACCUCCGCCACCAGUUGACCAAGACUUGAGUGUUUCUUCAGUAAAAAAGACCAAACAGCGGAAAACAUCUGUUGAUGACCAGGCUUCGCAGCACCUUCUUUCUUUACUACAGAGAGGUGCAGACCCAAAUAGUCAAGAGAUGCAGCUACUUUCAGUUACAGAGAGGAGACCACCACCUUCAUCUGUGAAAUCAACUACAGCUGGAGAAGCAGAUCCAGGGAAGUCUUUGACUCUUGAGAAUCUGUUUGGGAGUGCCUUCAUGAACGAACUGCAGUCAAUUGGAGAACCAGUCUCUGGAAGAGGUUUGGUUUCUGAUGCUCCAGGUGUCCCGCUUCGAUCAGAACGGUCUGUUGGUGAACUGAGCCAAAGAAACCAAAUCAGACCUGACGGUCUCCCCGGAGGGAUUCUAGCCCUUCCAGAAGAUGGUAACUUACUUGCGGUUGGCGGUCAUGCAAACCCACAAAAAUACAUGUCUUUUCCAGGAUCUCAGAAUCAAGAGCCUGAAGUAGCUUUCAACAUAUCUGACAAGUUAGCUGCCUUAAACUCUGGACCAAGGAACGAAAGACCAACAAUGGGAGGUCAAGAUGGUCCUUUUCUGCACCAACAUUCCCAACAAUACGCGACCGAUACCUCUUCUCACUUGAAUGGUUCAGGCCCAGUAUUCCAUCCGUUCGAUUCACGACAUGCUCAUGUAAAACCUCAGCUCGAUUUCAUGGGACCAGGAAGCAUCAUAGCUCAAUAUCAUGAUCCUCCACCAAAUCACCGGUUUCCACCAAACAUGAUUCAUCGUCCACCUUUUCAUCAUACAACAACCAGUGGACACCCCGAGUUUGAUCGCCUUCCUCCACAUAUGAUGCAGAAGAUGCAUAUGCAAGACAACCUGCAACACCAACAUCUAAUGCAAGGAUUUCCGGGUGGUGGUCCACAACACCUUCACUCUCCUCAUGUAAACAAUCAAAUGCCCGGGCUCAUUCCUGAGUUAAAUCCUUCACAAGGCUUUCCCUUUCCCCAUCGCCAGCCCAAUUACGGUAUGCCACCACCAGGUACGCAAGUCAACAGAGGAGAGCAUCCAGCUUCACUGCAGGCUCUGUUGGGGAUUCAGCAGAGGAUAGACCCAUCCAAGCAGAUACCAACAGUGGGUCAAGCCGGUGGUCCUAAUCGUCAAGGCUCUAUGGGACAUGAACUCGACCUUGGGUUUGGUUACAGGUAAACUCUGCUCUGGCCACAGUCCUCUCAACACCCUAAGCGGUUUGUCUACCUAACAGUGAGUUGCUUUGUGAUGUGCUAGUAAAAUUACCAUUUGUGAUUUUUUUUUAAGAAAAAAAAAAAAGAAAAAGAAAAAAAUUUAUACUCUUGUCUCUGUGAACUGUCGUUUCUCUUGCUGGUUGUCAUAUGAAGAUGCUUUUUAACUAACAGUGGUAGAAUUUGAUAAACGUUCGAGUCCA